CUUCAGAAACAAUGCAGCGUUUGUGUAUUGCAGCUUUACUUUUGUCAGCAGUAGCUGCUCAGCUGGAUGUAGACUCUAAGCUCGGUGACGACGAGGAGUGGGUGUCAGAAGUCCCAGAAGGUGGAAACGUGGGGUCAGGUGUAGACGGGUCAGACUGGGCGGGUGGUCAGCCAUGGCUUCUGGAGACGCCCCCUUGGCUCCCACAGCAGCGCUUUAGAAGGCAAGGAAUGACAGGUCCACAGAGACCAGUGGAGAGGCCUCGAGGGAGACCUCGAGGGGCUCCUGAGAGACACAAAGGACCAGGAGGCAGGGAGCCCAAUGGGAGGAAGCCACUGGUGCCUUCACCUGUGUUUAAGGUUGAGAACGUGGAAUUUCAGAACACCACUGCUGUACCCCUGAAGGAGGGGGAGAAUGUGUUUCGGAUGCUCAGGAAUGGCGGAAAAGGAGGACCUCAACUUCUAAGGGGAGGAAGGAACAGGCCGAAGAGAGAGUUUCCACAGUAUGUGAAGCUCAUCUACAGCGCCGCAGAGCCGAACAAAGUCUCCAUUGAGUUUGGGGUUAUGAAACCUGAGAACCUUGGUGAAUUGGUUGGAGAGGAAGAAAAUCUUGAAGAGGAGUACUGGUAACUAUAACAGGAAGAAACCAACAACUACAACUACAACAACUACUUUGUUUUGUUUUCUUUCCUGCAGUAUAUUCUGAGAAAUCAUUCAUGAAAUUGUGCAUUUUACCUGUAAAAGCAUAAU